AUGGGUCAGCUAUCACCAAGUGAUCGCAUUACAGCUCUCAAACAAGAGAAUGACCGUCUUAAGCAAGAAGCUGACAAACUUAAAUCAGAGUUGGAAUACUGGGAAGUCAGAAAUGGAUUAAGACAGGUUUCUCUUCCAAAUUUAAUGCAAGGGAUACCUUCUGGAACAGAGGAGAAAGUUGAAAUUCAAGCAGCUGAACAAGCUGAGGUUAAACCUGAAAAAGAACAAGAGCAAAAGCCAGAAAAGAAACCGAAGAAGGAAAAAGUGGAGAAGAAAGGAAAAGACAAGAAACCUGAUACAGAAGAAACUCCGAGCAGCUCAGAACCUGAUGUCUCCCGUAUUGAUUUCCGGGUGGGUAGAAUUUUGUCAGCCAAGCACCAUCCUGAUGCAGAUACACUGUUUGUGGAAGAGAUUGAUGUUGGGGAAGAAACGCCCAGGACAGUUUGCAGUGGCCUUGUGGGAUCAGUGCCACUAGAAGAACUUCAGGAUAGUGUGGUAAUAGUGAUGUGCAACCUCAAACCAGUGAAGUAA